AUGGAUAGUUGUUUUGUCGCCUGCGGCUGUAACGAUCCUGAAGGUGUUACAACGUCUGAUUUAGAUCGGUACACCGAUAGAAUUGAAAAUGUGCUCUCUGAUGAAAAGGGACGUAAAUUAUUUAGAAAUUUUAUGUUUUCAAGCAAUUUUAAACACGGUCGCAAAGUGUUAGAUUUGUGGGAGAAGAUAGAAAAAUUGAUACACUACAGGGAAAACGCUGAUGGUACUUCAUCACCAACAUUUUCUAAAGAUUUGGAUAAAUUAAUGGAUGCAGCUGAAAGGAUUGAAGAAAUAGAUUAUGUUAUAUUACAAACAUUUAUGACUACUGUCAGUGAUAAUAAAGAUAGAAAAGAAAUCAAUGACGCCCUUAAGUUAUUAAAACUGGAAGCGACAAAAGCACUUGCACGUGAAUAUGACGCUUUCAGAACACGUUACGUCCACUAUAAUACGAGAAACAAUUAA